UAAAAUCCUCCAACUUGUCAAAAAGUUCAGAAGAAUGUUAAGUGUCGCUCUAAAAGGAUUUAAUUGUUCAAAAAGUAUAAAAAUAUCAUUAAAUAAUUAAUAGUUUUAAGUGAUUAUUGUGUGAAAUAGGCCGUGUUAUCAACGGGUGCAUUAUUAAACGGUUAAAGCACUAAAUAAAGCUCAAAAAGGGUUUUUAGGCCAACCUUAAAACGAUAUCUACAAGAAAUAAGGAAUUUUUGAACGAGUUAGCGUAAAAAUGCGUCGGAAUAGUGAAAUGCAAGUAAACGUGGCGGGCUUAAGGCGUAACCUGAAAAAUCUCGCCCAUAAUUAUUCGGACGCUCAGAGAAAGGUGCGCGAGGCGACUUCGAAUGACCCAUGGGGCCCAAGCAGUACGAUUAUGGCCGAAAUCGCCGAUUUAACCUACAACGUUGUCGCGUACACGGAAAUUAUGCAAAUGAUUUGGAAACGAUUGAACGAUCAUGGUAAAAAUUGGCGGCACGUUUACAAAGCUUUGGUGCUGUUGGAAUAUUUAAUUAAAACCGGAACGGAAAAAGUCGCGCAACAAUGCAAGGAGAAUAUUUUCGCGAUUAAAACAUUAAAAGAUUUUCAGUAUUUAGAAGAAGGUAAAGAUCAAGGUCAAAAUGUUCGCGAGAAAGCUAAACAACUUGCUAAUUUACUUCAGGACGAUGAGAAAUUGAAAAACGAACGCGCUCGUGCGUUAAAGGCGAAGGAACGUUUUGCUCAAACCGCCUCGGCAUUUGGAAGCGACGGAGGUCUCGAUACCCCAUCAAGCCCCCGAUAUCCAGCUUUUAGAGGUUCCGAAUGGAGCAAUAGUCGCGAUAGUGGGGGUGAGUUACCUCGCGAUUUAGAAGUGGCGCGCCCCCAAACAGCUGGCGAAGAAGAAUUACAGCUUCAAUUGGCUUUAGCCAUGUCUCGGGAGGAAGCGGAACAAGAAGAACAAAAAAGACGUUCGGAUGAUGUUAGAUUACAGUUAGCUUUGAGUCAGAGUCAACAAGAUUUUAAACAACAACAAGAGCAUCACCAUAAAGAUAAACAUAGUCACAUGGUUGAUUUAUUGGAUGUUAAUUUAUCUGACGGGGCUUCUGUGGACCCGUGGGGUAUCCCCCAACCACCAAGACAACAGUCUUCGGAUGAAGACUUGUUUGAGGAUUCAAAUUCAAGCCCUUGGCAUCCAAACUCGUCGAUUUCUCCACCUAAUCAUCAUCAUCACCAUCCGGUGCCUCCUCCGAUAGGUGAUCCUUGGUUACCUUCAAGCUCGUUAAGUCCAACUCCAGGUCUUGGAGCGGAUCCUUGGAGUUCUAAAACGAUUCAAAAUGUUGUCCCGGAAUUGCCGCCGAGAGCUCACGAUCCUUGGAGUCCGACAAGCCCCGUUUCAUCAACCGAUUUAGACGAAUUUGAUAUAAUUUCAAAUCGGAACCAAACGAAGCGCGAUUCGUCGCCGAAAACGAAUGGGAAUGAGCCGAAAAAUGAUCCGUUUGAGGUUGAUUUAUUAGGAGAUGCGAUUGGGAGUGUUAAUGUUUCAACCGGGGCCACAAAAAAGACGCCACACGCGUUUUUAGGGGAAAAUUCAUCUUUGGUUAAUUUAGAUAAUUUGGUUACAAGUAAACCAAUGAACUCCUCGCAAGCUCCGAAUCCAUUCUCGGAACAACCGCAAGCGGCUCAAAGACAAAUAUUUAAUACUCCGGCUCCGAAACCGUCCAUGAAUGAGAUUAAAAGUGCCCCAUUUGGACCUCCGAUGGUGGCGCCAAUAUCAAAUCCGGCAUAUAAUCCAAAUAGUUUAGGUUUUGGGUCUUAUGGUGCUAAUACGAAUAAUGGACAAUUUGGCGCUCCGUCGCCGGUUUUUGGCGCGAGCACCCAACAAAUUCAAUCACAACAACCGCCGAUUCAAGAUCCGUGGAAGCCGGUUCAGGCCACCAAUUCGAAUUUGGGCGCCCCAUGGAUGAAACAAGGUGAAACACAGGCGGCCAAUCCGUUUUUGUCGUAAUCUAAGAGAAGUUAUGUUUUUAAUGGGGGGUUUAAGUUUUUUGUUUUAAGGUUAUUUUUGUUUGGGCUACACAUUUUACUGAGCCCAAUCUACAAACAACAAAAAAGUUUUUCAUCCGUAAAUCAAUUUUAACACUUAACUAUAAGUCCUUAUAUACUUUGUUCAUAUAAUUCAUUUUUUAAGCCGAAAGUUGAAAGAAGGACACCAACGAUAUCUUUAUUUAAAUCUAAAGAAUUAAUUUAAAGAAAAUGAAAACAUCGAACACAGAUAACUUUUUAAUUAAUUCC